UUACCAUAGCAACGACCGGAAGUACCCCACGUCAACUCAAUUCCCGGCAAAAACUCGGAAAAGUGACAACAAUGCAAACCUGAAGCGUCACCGUCAACCUUAAAACCGAACAAGUCGCGCGUGUUCGACACCAUUUAUGAAUCAUCUCCGAGCCUCCCCGAGAAGAAUAUUUCACAAAAAAAGUUUCCGGAAGCUGUGCGAUCCUCGCGCGUCUGUCAACUAUCAACGUCGCCGAGGACAAAGCGGAGCAUGUCCGACGGUGAAGGCUCCGUGGUGGGCGCGAUGUGGUACCGAGACAGGACCGACACUCUGGUCGAGAUCUUCAAGGACCGACGGGAGCAGGAACGUCUCGCGGCCGAGCUGGAGCAGCGCGUCCAGAAGUUGGAGAGUUUGCGGCGGUGGGAAGACGAGCUGCUCAGGGAGGCGAAGAAGGUCGAGGAAUUACUCUCCAACGUCAAUCGUUCUCCAAAGGAACAAGAUCCCAACGUUGAAAAGGCAGAGGAGGAGAGGAAAGAGGCCGGGGAGAAAGAGCUCGAGAAGAAGACGCUGGAGGAAGAGCACGCUCAGCUGCAGCACAGGAAACGGGAGCUCGUGCGUCGCAUUAGCGAGGACGCCACGUAUUGCGACUUCAUGCGGCAGGUGUUAAAAAUAACACAGUUUGAAGAUGACGCGUCUCUGGCAGGCCACCUGGAGAGUCUCCUCGGCAUCAGGGAGCGACUCUGCGAGAAGCAGAGGUCGGCGGAGGAGCAGGUGGACCGGCGGAGGAAAGAACUGCUGAGCUUCCGCGGCCGGCGCCGCGCCGUCCUUCUGCAGCGCGGCGACCGGCUGUCGCGGCUGCACCGCAGUUUGGACGCGGCACGGCUUGAAGUGGAGCGCUGGGAGCAAAAGUGGAAACACAUUCAGGACGAAGCGGCGCAGGAAACGCUCCCGCUGGGACUGAUCAAGAUGGCAACGCUGAACCUCUACGAGUUGACGGGCGGUGACGCCGGGGGCGAGGGAGGCGUCCCUCUGAGUGACACCCGCGCGCAACUGGACAAGAUCAAGAUGUUCAUGGAGGACCACAAAGACAUCGCAAGGCAACUCCCGAGUCGCUCGGACAGAAAUCCAAAGCCGUGUUGACGUUAACAAAACAUUAAACGUUUCAUUUUGCCUUUAAAUAUGGACUAUAUUAUUCAUGUGUUAGAUUUCCAAAUGUACAGUAACGUAUAAGGGAAAAUAUGCUGCACU